AUGCUCCGUAUGAUUAUUUCCCCUCGCAGACCAUUAUUCAGUCGUAGGAUCAAGGGUAAGGAAGACGCGCUUAUAUUGGGCAAUGUUUCGAGCGCGUACAUGCUAUUUUUAUGGACGCACGCGCCGCCCGCGUGGCAAUGUUUUGCCCAGAUACGCAAUUCCAAUAACAGCCCCCAUAAAGGUGUUGAGUCGACGACGAUCCGCCGUCGACUGAUCGCCGGAGUAUUGCCCACCCCCUACGUUGACUACUACUCUGAUAACGAAGACCAAGUACACAUGACCUCUCACGCAACACAGAUAUCGAACAGCGCAAUACAGGGAGUGAAACUGCGAGGGACCAACUAA